AUGAAGUAUCUCGCUGCCUAUCUUCUUCUCAACGCCGGUGGUAAGGCCAACCCUGCUGCUGCUGAUAUCAAGUCUCUUUUGAGCUCUGUUGGUAUUGAAUCCGAGGAGGAACGUGUUUCCUCUUUGAUCUCUGCUCUCGCCGAGAAGAAUGUUGAGGAACUCAUUGCUGAGGGUAAGGAGAAGAUGUCCUCUGUCCCUACUGGUGGUGCUGUUGCCGCUUCCGGUGCUGCUGCCGCUUCCACUGAUGCCCCUGCUGCUGAAGAGAAGGAAGAGGAGAAGGAAGAAUCUGAUGACGAUAUGGGUUUCGGUCUCUUUGAUUAA